AAUACCCAAACAAGAGCCUAACAAAACCCUAAAUUGGGUGGCCUUUAUAAAUGCGCAUCAUUUGGCAGUUUUAGGGUUUCUUUCGCAGUAGUGAGUGAACAUUUUGAGCUUCUCUGGUUUCCCUCGAGUCGGCAGCAACCAUGGUGGUCGCCAAGAAGACAAAGAAGACACAUGAGAGUAUCAACAACAGGCUGGCUUUGGUUAUGAAGAGUGGGAAAUACACAUUGGGUUACAAGACUGUUCUCAAAUCUCUUAGGAGUUCUAAAGGGAAGCUCGUUAUCAUUGCUAACAACUGCCCUCCUCUUAGAAAGUCUGAGAUAGAGUACUAUGCAAUGUUGGCAAAGGUUGGCGUUCACCACUACAACGGCAACAAUGUGGACUUGGGUACUGCCUGUGGAAAAUAUUACAGAGUGUGCUGCCUCAGCAUUAUUGAUCCAGGUGAUUCUGAUAUCAUUAAGAGCAUGCCUGGUGAACAUUGAUUAGGCUAUGAGGAAUAGCAUGUCUCUGUAGCUCUUGAUCAUUGUUAUCGUGGAUUUCAUGAUAUUUGUCAAACAGGAACAAAUUUUUGUGUGCAACUUUUGAUCUUCUAUGGUAGCCUUUUAGUGAUUUUGAAAAUGGCUUAAAUGAAUUGUGUGUACUAGAAUGUUCAAUCAAAUUUCGUUUGAGCAAUUUUUGUUUAA